UUUUGCUCGGAUUUUGUUUUAUUUCUAAUUCUUCCCAGUUUUGUAAAUUAUUGACGUAUGUUCUUAUUGUUAGUAUUUCCAUAUAUCGAAUUUCCUAGUACAUACUACAUACCGUUCAGUGAAUUUAAGUAUACUUCUGCGUUGUAUCUGCUCAGUGCUCCGCGAUGUCAAGUGGCGGCCACUGUUGUUGCGUUGCCUUAUGUUCCAACCGUAAGAUUCCAGGCCGAUCCCAGCACCUCCAACUCCACCGGUUCCCGUUUGGUGAUCCACAGCGCUUGGCGAAAUGGAUUGAAUUUAUUCAGCGUCCUGACUUGCCCAUCACGGAAAGCAGCCGCAUAUGCAGUGAGCACUUCUGGAAGGACGAUUACAUUGCUGCUACGACGCGGGGAUCCGCUCCGAAGCGGCCCAAACUGAAGGACAGCGCAAUUCCAGCCCGCUACCCGUCGUCUACCCUGGCUACCCGUCGGCAGAAAAGAGAGCGUCGCUCGAAAAACGAUUGGGAGAUAACGUACUCGUAUACGAAUUAUGAAUUACUGCGGUCAGCAUCAUCCAACCUCACUCAUUGGUUUCCAGUUUCCACUUUUAAAAACUCCUCUGCUGCAAAUGAUCUGUAUCGUGUCAAGCACCCAUGUGAGGAAGAAUUGCCAAUAUCACCCGAACCAUCGCGUAAACUGAGGAGGACAGCAGCGCGUAACGAAAGGAAUGUAGCUGCUCUGCGGUCUUCCACUUUACACCAGACGAGUGAUGUAUUGGAUGGCUACCGAAAGUCCACAUUCCUCGAGGAAUGCCGUUUUUCACGUUUGUAUUGUCGACAAUGUGAAGUAUACGCGGACGAGCCGUGUAGAAUGCACUCCCAGAUAAUUCCAGAUUCGCCAGUGGUUCCUUUCGCCAUAGCUUCCCUCCCGAAUGUUUUGGAAUUUAUAUUUUCGAGUGCUUCUGAGUCACCGAAAGGUGUUCGAGCAAGGGUUCCCAUUCCGAGUCAGACCAUCUUUGGACCACUCCGCGGUGCUAUUUGCUCUCGCACAGAAAACAAGACGCUCAUACCCGAUGUCUGUGAUCGUGAAAACGAAUUGAUCUAUGCCGUUCCUGACCCGUCCGCUGAAUGUUGUUUCAAGCGUGUUCACAUGGGAUCUCCACAUACGUGCAACUGGCUGAAAUUCACGCGAUUCGCCUCGACCAUUAAGGAGCAAAAUUUAGCUGUGUAUCUAAGCGGAAAUGACAUCAGUUUUGUUACCACAAAAGAAAUCGCUCCCGGUGAGGAACUGAAAGUGUGGUACUCGCAGAAAUACGCAGAAUUAAUUGGAUUUGGUGGUACGUUGGAGCGAGUGCCAUCCCCGGUAGAUGAACACGCUGACACAGAUCCGCCCGCUCUCCCUGAUGAUAAUCACUGGGAAUCAAGUUUACCUCCCAGUUUUCCCUCCAAUUCUCCUCCCAGUUUUCCUCCCAGUUUACCUUCCAAUUUACUUCCCAAUUUACCACCCCUUUUACCUCCUAGUUUACCACAAGACAAUGCUCCGAAAACGGUAUUCAUAUCGUUUCCAGCAGAUGUCAAGACGUUCAGAUUCAUUGUACCAAUUGUAAAGAAGUACCUGCCUCCAACGCCUCUCAAUUCGGCUAUUGUUAACGGAAUUUCGCAAUUCGUAGUGCCACAAUUUAUCGAACAACCAGAUGCCGAAGAUGCAUCUGAAAAUGCCGAUAAGCAACAGGAUCACGAGCAGCCGUCGGUGAAAUCCGAUGAUGGAUUGGCCGAUCCAGUAUCUUCACCUUCUUCAUCUUUGGCACCGGUUGAGGGACAGUGCGACGCACCUGCCGAUCCGGGCAAGAAGUCCGUCACGGCGACCGCCGUAGCCGAGUAUAUCAUUCCUGUUAGAGUUCCUCAAAUCCGACAUCCGAAGCCGCCCAGUGAAAAUCUCCAUCCCUGCACGGAGUGUAAUGUCGCUUUCACGUCUGCCGAUUUGCUGGAGCUCCACAAUCUCGGUCACGAUCAAACGAAGAUAAAGUCACUGGAUAGUCAGGAUCACCCGGAUGGCAUCCCGUGUCCAGAAUGUCACGCACCCUUUACCAGCUAUUUUGCUCUGAUUGCCCAUGUUGUCGAACACCGGAAACUGUAUCAACCCCGCCUUCAGUGUGAUGAGUGUGGAAAGUGGUUUCCCAAACCGCACAUGGCAGGUCAUAUGCAGGAUGCGCAUUCUGAUGGGAUAGAGAAACGCCAUAUCUGUGAUAAGUGUGGGAUAAAGUUUCCUACGCUGAGAACCCUCGCGUUGCACAAGCAGGCAAAUCAUUUGCGGAUAACUUGCAUUUUCUGCGCACAACUCUUUCACACCUGGCGGCCGUUGGGUGACCACGUGAAAUCGCAUGUGCAACCGGACGGCUAUCAUUGUCCCAACUGCAAUGUGGUGCAUGCCGAGUAUAAAGACCUCGCCCGUCACCACCGCGAGAAUCACGACAUUGCCCAGUUGCGCUGCUGUCCCGUGUGCAGCAAAAUGUUCAGCAGUACCAACAGGUUAAAAUCACACAUGCGUAACCACGCCGAAGGGAUGACGCAUCAGUGCGGAUUAUGUGGGAAGAACUUCCGGACCCAGCAUGGGUUGCAGGAUCACAGGCGAUGGAAGCACGGUACACGGACGAAGGCCCGGGCCAAAGAAUUGAAGGAGCGGGGCACCGCCACCAAGUACGUCGAACCGCGGAAGCGGAUGCGCUUCGAGGAUUUCCCGCAUAGAUGCGAAGAGUGUCGGCUGGGAUUUAUGCGGGAAGGGAAGUUGAUCCGUCACCGGGAGCAGCGGCAUUCCGGGGAUGUGGAUUAGAGACGCUCUUCUUUUGUUUUAGUUUUUUUCAACGCAGUUUUACAUAUCGUGUAUAGCAGUUUCGAUGUGGUUAUUGGCAAAACGGCAGAAUGCAUUGUGAUGUCAUGCAUUUUCUAAUCUCUAAUAUCUCGUCGUUAGGUUCGGAAUAUGUUUGACAUCGUGUCCGAAAAGACCGAAACUUUGCGUUCGUUAAAUAUGAGAUUUGUGGAA